UACGUUGUUACUCCUGUUGAAUAAAUAUCCCAUUUACCUGCUCGAUAUUUUAGACUUUGCCACUAGACUGAGAACACUCCAUCUCUGCUACCUGUGGACUCAGGUUAUGAACAACACCAUGGACAGGAAGAUUAUACUGGCCAUUUUGUGUCUGAUUGCCCUAAGUGCAGCUCAGGUGGGCUCUGCAGCGGACCCGACUUCACCCGCAAGCACAGCUGACCCCACAAUGGACGUGACUUCACCCGCAAUCACAGAUGAUACUAAGCCCCCGAACACAGCUGGCACAACUGCAACAAAUGCACCAGUAACUGAAGUUUUCACGUUGAUCUUCCGCAUCAAGGAAACCUUUGUUCCAGCACUGGCUAACCCAAAUUCUAAACAAUUUAAAGACAAAGCUGAAAAAGUCACUCGUGAGAUUGAACCAUUGUACAAGAAAGCCUUCAAAAACUUCCAUCUCAUGCAAAUCUUCCAGUUCAGGAAUGGUUCUAUUGUGACACACAGCCUCAUGUCUUUCCUUUCUGGUGCUAACGUGACUGACACCAAAGUGAAAGACGUCCUUGCAAAAGGAGUUAACAGCUUGACCUUUCCUGUUGAGCCAAACUCCAUCAAUGUCACCCUUGUUAUUAGUAAUUCCAUGCCACCAGUGAUUGCCAGCUCACUUUCCAUGAUAUGGAUGUCUCUUCUACCACUUCUACUUUCAGCAGCAUUGCACUGUUAGCUCUAAGCCUGAUCAGAAAACACACACAAUAACUUAACAACGCUAUUUAACAUUUCAACCUAUUCUACUGUUGUAAAUGCACACAGACAGCUCCUUUUGUCACCACAAACAGUAACAUGUAUGUUUGCUUUUUACUGAUUAAUAUUUAAUUCAUAAGCUAAAUGGAAUCGGGUGUUUUUAUAAACAAUAUCUGCUUUCAUAAGAAAAACAAAUAUUUUAAAUGAUGAAACUGAGGAUUUAAUGAUGGUGGUGACAUACCUGAACAUUUCUCCACUUCUAAACAGUCCUAUUGAUUGCUGUCUUUCAUUCAUGGGCGUAAAAAUGCGUAUGGACGCGUCCAUACCAAUAUUCAGCUGAGUUUAAAAUGUCCAUACCAUUUUUGAAUGGAGAAGCCGCGAUGCGGGAAACGCUGAAUAAAACCACCAAACGCGGUAUCGCUUCCAGCUGAUUUUCAGUUGUGAACAGACCUCUCAAAGACGGCUGACUAUUGGUGGGGACAGCAGGUAAAAAAGGUUUAUGAAGCUUUGAUUGGCCCACCUCCCGUUGCCUUGACGUUGCUAUGGUUUUUGAUUGGCCCACCUCCCGUUGCCUUGACGUUGCUAUGGUUUUUGAUUGGCCCUCCUCCCGUUGUCUUGACGUUGCUAUGGUUUUUGAUUGGCCCACCUCCCGUUGCCUUGACGUUGCUAUGGUUUUUGAUUGGCCCUCCUCCCGUUGCCUUGACGUUGCUAUGGUUUUUGAUUGGCCCACCUCCCGUUGCCUUGACGUUGCUAUGGUUUUUGAUUGGCCCUCCUCCCGUUGCCUUGACGUUGCUAUGGUUUUUGAUUGGCCCACCUCCCGUUGCCUUGACGUUGCUAUGGUUUUUUGUUGUCAUUGGCUGUAAGCAGUAGCAAGCGGUAAAAUCAGCAUCCAGCUCGCUGAUACAGCAAAACAGCACACAGGCAGUGAUGUCGGGCAAUAAAAGAAAACGUAAGGCGGACAUAAUAUGACAUUUUUGUCAUAUGAUCCUGUAACAGCAAGGAGUUUCUGUUUGCAAUCUCUGUCUGUCUGUCUCUCUCUCUCACACACACACUAAUAAAUGCUUGUAGGUGAUGCUAAAUGUUUACUUAUAUUUACUGUAACAGCAAGGAGUUUCUGUUUGCAAUCUCUCUCUCUCUCUCUCUCUCU